UGUUAUCCUCCUCCUUAUCACAGGAAUGCAAACAGUAUUUUCCCAGGAUCCUUGUUCUAUGUACACUGAAAUAUCUGUGGAUGGUAGACGAUGGCCGAAUAACACUGAUACAUCCCAUUCUCUCUGUGACAAUCUGAUUGUAGAAGACUGGUACAGGUUCACGGGGUUUGAUGGUACAGACCUGGUUAAUAACACCGUACCUUCUAGCCGGUGUGGAACAGAUAAUCCCCUCUGGAUGAAUGGUAACAUUCCGGCAACGUCUGAUGGUAUCGUUUCAAGGACGGUCUGUACGGCAACCGUAUUCAUUUCAUGUCAUGUUUCAUUUGAAAUUCAAGUAAAGAAUUGCUGUUCGUACCGUGUGUAUUAUCUCAAACCGCCAGGUUCUUGCUCAUCAGCAUACUGUAUAUAUCCAUUUGCGGAAAAUGAAAUGUGUUUCGAAAAUACGUCUUCAACAUAUGGGUCCACAUCUACAACCAUCGAGACGACAUCUACAACAUUGGCGUCAACAUCCGAGCUGACACCUACAACAUUGGCGUCAACAUCCGAGACCACAUCUACAAUAUCGCCAUCAACAUCAACAAGUUCUUCAACGACAGCUGUACCUACGACAACUUCAUCAAGCACAUUAAAAACAACAUCUACAACACGCUCCUCAACGCCACAACACGGUCGAGAUAUACAGCCCAUUAACUAUCAUUUUGACAGUAUUUAUUCAUUUACACGCAUUUAAGCUGAUGGGUGAACACAUGGAGAGUAUUUUUGUAGCAGAGGACGAUAACACAGAAUUUGACAUUUGAUUGCUGCAUUUUAUAUUGUUAUUGUGUCGUGUCGUAUGUCUGUGUUGUAGUGUCGUAUGUCUGUGCUGUAAUGUCGUUUGUCUGUUGUAUGUCUGUGUUAUGGUGUCGUAUGUCUGUGUUAUAGUGCCGUAUGUGUUACAAGUCUUGUCAUACUCUGGCGUAUAGUAACGUGCGUGUGCGAUAGAAGGGAGGGAGAGAGAAUUGACAUUACGCUUUUUCAAACCCAUAAGGUAAGUUGACAAAUAUUUUGAAAUCUAUUAUCUGUAAAAUGAAAUUACCCAACGUUAAUAUGGUAUUGUAAUUGGAAUUUUAUUUCUUGAUGUCUCCUAUUAUUUCUCAAGUUUUUAUAAAUACUAGCUGUCUACAUUAU